GGACAUGGUUCUGACAAUUCAACGCAGAAUAGUGAAGGUGAGAGUUCAUCUGGAAGCCUUGACUUUUAUAGCUGGAUGAAGAUCCUCUCUUUGCUCAUUGCCCUGCUUGGGCUGGUCGGGAACGGCGCCGUCCUGUGGCUUCUGGGCUUCCGCAUCCGGAGGAAUCCCUUCUCUGUCUACAUCCUCAACCUGGCGGCGGCCGACGCCCUCUUCCUUUGUUUCUCCUUUCUUAAAUCCAUACUUACGCUUUCUAGAGUUUUCGAUUUAACAUGGACAAUACUGUCAAACUUUAAAUUCAUAUUCUACACCGCGGGCCUGAGCCUCCUGGCCGCGAUCAGCACCGAGCGCUGUCUCUCCGCGCUCUUCCCCCUCUGGUACCGAUGUCGCCGCCCGGAGCACACGUCGGCCGCGGUCUGCGCUGUCCUCUGGGCUCUGGCCGGGAUGUUGUGGCUACUACUAUUUCUUGUUAUUCCAUAUGGUUUUAUCAAUAACAUUUCCUCUCGUGCCAUCCUGGGUUCAUUGGCUCCCUCCUCCUCACCUCGUCCUGUGCGUGUCAGCCUGACUCUGCUGAGGGUCAGUGCAGCUCCAGGCGCCGGCAGCCCCGAGCUCCUCUGGGUCCUGCUCAGUCCUCGUGUUCCUCCUCUGCAGCCUGCCCUUGGGUGUGAACCCCUCAUUUACUUCUUCGUGGGUAGACUGGGAAUAGGAGGAGGGGCCAGCCUCUCAGGAGGUGCUCAGGGCCCCUUAGGGGAUGAACAGGGCCGGGAGGUGGGACAAUCUUACCCACACAACCCAGCCCAGAGACUACACUCCUGA